ACAGUUAGCUUCUAUGUCUAAUAUCUAAAGAAAACAGAAAAAAAAACCCUGAUGAAAAAGUGUAAACACACAGAGAGCAGCAUUUCCUCUUCUGGUUUGAUUGACACACAGAUGGGAGGGUCGAUCCCACUUCAAACCAGUCUAAGUCCCGCCUCACGGUGCGGAUCCUACUGGAGACUUGAGGCUAUAAAAUGAAAGAUCUUACUGUAACCGGGACGCACUCUGGAGCUGGAGUCCCCUUUGUGAACUCCCUCACAGAGACUCCAGUCAGCCCGAUGCUUUAAUCAGUGCUCACACAGAGAGAGAUAUCGCUGUCGAUUUCCUCUCACUUCUAAGCAGAAAACUUUUUGAUAAGGUCGCCGGGUGCAGACGGAGCCGAGCAGAGAGCCAUGGCAGGGGGCGGCUCGGACCAGCGCGCGCUGCAGUAUGAGCAAACUCUGAUGUAUGGCCGCUACACCCAGGAGCUCGGGGUGUACGCCAAAGAGGAGGCGGCGCGGCUGAGGGAGAGCGGGCAGAGGCGAUCGGUCAGCGAGCGGAGCCGGACUCUGGACCUUCUGGAGUACGACAAGGGACGCUGUGCCAAGUGUCGAAUCUGCACGGUUCGCUGUCAGAAGUUCCUGAUCUCGCGGGUCGGGGAGGACUGGAUCUUCCUCAUCCUGCUGGGACUCCUCAUGGCCCUGGUCAGCUGGGUGGUGGACUUCUGCAUCGCCAUCUGUCUACAAGCACAGAAGUGGAUGUACGGUGGUCUGGACAGCAAUGUGUUCCUGCAGUAUCUGGCCUGGGUCACCUACCCUGUGGUCCUCAUCACCUUCUCUGCCGGCUUCACCCAGAUUCUCGCCCCGCAGGCUGUUGGUUCAGGCAUCCCGGAGAUGAAGACCAUCCUGAGAGGAGUCGUGCUCAAAGAAUACCUCACCUUCAAAACGUUUGUGGCCAAAGUCAUUGGACUCACCUGUGCUCUGGGCAGCGGCAUGCCUCUGGGCAAGGAGGGUCCGUUUGUUCACAUCGCCAGCUUGUGUGCCGCUCUGCUCAGCAAGUUCAUGUCUCUGUUUGGAGGGAUCUAUGAGAAUGAGUCGAGGAACAUCGAGAUGCUGGCAGCCGCCUGUGCUGUGGGAGUGGGAUGCUGCUUCGCUGCCCCCAUAGGAGGUGUGUUGUUCAGUAUUGAAGUAACAUCCACGUUCUUUGCGGUGAGGAACUAUUGGAGAGGUUUCUUUGCUGCUACCUUCAGUGCCUUCAUCUUCAGAGUGCUGGCCGUGUGGAACAGAGACGAAGAGACCAUCACAGCACUUUUUAAAACGCGUUUCCGGCUCGACUUUCCCUUUGACCUCCAGGAGCUUCCCGCCUUCGCCGUCAUCGGAAUACUACUCAUGAAGAAACGUUUGCUGUACCCUGCACUGGUUACUUUACUCGUUUCCACACUCACAUUCCCCCCAGGCUUCGGGCAGUUUAUGGCUGGCAGACUGACCCAGAAGGAGUCUCUGGUGACUUUACUCGACAACCGGACUUGGGCCAAACAGGGCAUCGCUGAAGAGUUUGACUACAUCGGACACUCUGCGGCCUGGCAGCACCCACAGGUCAACGUCUUCGUCACGCUGGUCCUCUUCAUCGUCAUGAAGUUCUGGAUGUCUGCCCUGGCCACCACCAUCCCAGUGCCCUGCGGAGCCUUCAUGCCAGUAUUCGUCAUCGGGGCAGCUUUUGGUCGCCUGGUCGGAGAGAGCAUGGCAGCCUGGUUCCCAGAUGGCAUUCACACGGACGGCACCAUUUACUCCAUCGUGCCAGGAGGUUACGCUGUCGUCGGUGCUGCGGCGUUGUCAGGAGCGGUCACACACACUGUCUCCACCGCUGUCAUUAUAUUCGAGCUGACGGGACAGAUCUCCCACAUCCUGCCAGUGAUGAUAGCGGUGAUUCUGGCCAACGCCGUGGCCCAGUCCCUGCAGCCCUCGCUCUAUGACUCCAUCAUCAGGAUCAAGAAGCUGCCCUACCUCCCUGAGCUGGGCUGGGGAAAUCACGAGAAGUAUAACAUCCGCGUGGAGGACAUUAUGGUUCGGGAUGUGAGGUACAUCACACUGAACUGCUGCUACAGAGACCUCCACAACGUCCUGCUGACCGGACACCUCAAGACUCUGGCUCUGGUGGAAUCAGUCGAGUCCAUGAUCCUGUUGGGCUCCAUUGAGCGCGCUCAGCUCCAGUCACUGCUCUCCCAGCAGCUCGGGCGUCUGCGGCGGCUCGAGUACAUCAGGGAGCGAGCCGUCGCCGAGAAGAAACGCAUGUCGGUUGUGUCAGACCCGGGCAGUGAGGACGGCAGCCAUCGGGCCAGUCAGGAGGUCCGCUUCCAGAUCUCUACUGAGGAGUCCACCUUCAGUCCUGUUCGUCCUGUCCCCCAGAAGCCCCUCAAACCUGCACUAAAGAGACCCUCUGUGGUGGAGAGACCCACCGAGAUACCCGCCAGUCCUCAUAAUAACUCAGGCAUCGCUUUAAAGAACCUGUUCUGUUCCAGUCCAGAUGCUGAAGGCCUCGAGAAAAACAACAACUUGGAAAGCCCCACGUCUCCUGAGCACAGGAGACCCUCCAAACGAGUCCGGAUAUCCGUCGUGGAGCCACCGCCCAGCUUAAAGAGUUUCUCAGGGGACGAUGGAGAUGUGGAGGACGACAUGACCAUAAGAGAGAUUUCAGAGUGGGAGGAGAUGCAGCUUGAUGAGCAGGUCAACUUCACCAACUGCAAGAUCGACCCCGCCCCCUUCCAGCUGGUGGAGCGCACAUCACUGCAUAAGACCCAUACCAUCUUCUCUCUGCUGGGCCUCGACCACGCCUACGUCACCAGCAUCGGACGCCUCAUCGGGGUGGUUUCCCUCAAAGAGCUUCGCAAGGCCAUCGAGGGCUCUGUGACAGUGAAAGGCGUGAAGGUGCGUCCGCCGCUGGCUAGCUUCAGAGACAGCGGCACCAGCAGCAGCGAGAACGAAGCCACGGAGCUCCACAAGCUGUGGGACCGCCACAAGAGCAUGUCACUGCCCCGCGAACACACCCCCUCCGAGUCUGAUGAGAAGUCCCAGUGAGGGGAAAAGAGAAGAAGGGGAGGAAGAGGAGGCGCUGAGAUCUUUAAUCCCCCAAAGCCACAAACGUGCAGAAAUCCUCAGGGCUAAGGAUCAAUAUUUAAUUCUGGAAAGAGUUCUACUGCUACGCCAGCCUCUCCUCAUUUCUCUCCUCAUCUGCUUCUCUCUCUCUCCUUCCCCCGCUGUCAUCACCAGUACUAUCCCCAGAAGUCUUGCACUGACCAAGCCAGACACUCCACGAGGGAGUGGAGCACAUCUCAACCAUGUGCCCUGCUCUCCAUUUUACCUUGGGAACCCACAGCAGAGCAAAUGUGGAUUAGGGUGAAAAAGGACAUGUGUCGGUGGAUUCCGACAAAGGGAGUGGGUUCAAAUCUUUAAAAAAAAAGGGAUUUUUUUAAGCAGAUUUUUUUCUUUUUGACUUGUGUAUCGUUAAGAGUUUGAUCAAAGUUUAAACCUGAAAAUGUUUUAUUUUGGAAAGAGUCUUCCACUUGAAUAGAGAGAUUCAGAAACUAUGACAAGGAAGAAUACUGUAAGUGUGUGCGUGUGUGCGUGUGUGUGUGCGUGUGUGCGUGUGUGCGUGUGCGUGCGUGCGUGCGUGCGUGUGCAUGAAGAGGGAGGGAGCAAACAUACGGACGAGUACUAGGGCCAGGCUAAAGAACAAAGGUGAUGGGACGACAUUAUUUUCUAUUUAUGCAUCAAAAUGUUGAGAAUACAGUUUAAAUGUCCAUAAAAAUAAAAUCUCAGUUUUAAAGGUCACAUAAUAACAAAAUCCACUUCACCAUGCUUCUCUAACACUAUUA